UCCAGGCAGAAGGUAGGUCACAUGCACAUGUAAAAUAGGAAGUGUAUCACUUUGCCAUAAGAUCACACCUGUCCAAAGUAGUGUGAAAGUGCCAUCAUGUGCCGCUGAGAAGAGCCACCGCACUGCCUCAGAGGAAGGGGUCGGGUGAGAUGCAGGAAGGUAAAUGAGUAACUCUCUGGUGCUCGGGGCCCAGUGUGACCAAGUUCAUUAACUAGUAGCAGCCUUGACGGCUAGCACACUGUGACUCAGAGGGAGGACGGCACCCUGGUUCUUGCAGGGAGCUCCACCUCUAGGUGCCCACUGCCAGUGGACCCUGAGCCGGCACCAUGGAGAGAAGCCUGAGGAACGUCCUCAUGGUCUCCUUUGGAUUCCUCCUCCUCUUCACAGCCUACGGAGGUCUGCAGAACCUGCAGAGCAGCCUCUACAGUGAGGACGGCAUGGGGGUGGCGACGCUCGGCACGCUCUACGGCGCUGUCCUCCUGUCCUCCAUGUUCCUUCCACCCAUCCUCAUCAAGAGAUGUGGCUGCAAGUGGACCAUUGUUGGCUCCAUGUGCUGCUACGUGGCCUUCUCCCUGGGCAACUUCUACGCCAGCUGGUUCACCUUGAUCCCCACCUCCAUCUUGCUGGGGCUGGGAGCGGCCCCGCUGUGGUCUGCUCAGUGCACCUACCUCACAGUCCUGGGGAACACGCGUGCACAGGAAGUGGGCGAGCUCGGCGAGGACGUGGUGAACCAGUACUUCGGCAUCUUCUUCCUCAUCUUCCAGUCCUCUGGUGUGUGGGGCAACUUGAUCUCCUCUCUGGUGUUUGGGCAGACUCCCACUCAAGAGGCCACCCCAGAGGAGCACCUUGAGUCCUGUGGGGCCAACGACUGCCUGAUGGCCACAGCGCCCACCAACAGCACCCACCGCCCCUCCCAGGAGCUGAUCUACACACUGCUGGGCAUCUACACCGGGAAGGCCAGAGACGCGGGUCAGUCAAUGACGAAGCCACCCCGCCUUGGGUCCACCUUAUUGUCAACCUUCAAGCUCUUCAGGGACAAGCGCCUGUGCCUCCUGACCCUGCUGCCCAUGUACAGUGGACUGCAGCAGGGGUUCCUCUCUGGAGAGUACACCAGGGUAGGCCCCGCAGCGGUCAUGCAGUCACCGCCCGACUGGUGGCCCUGCCCCGUCUGCACCUGAAGGGACACAGGGACCCAGGGCCACCUGCCCAGGCCCAGGGUGGGAACAGCCCACAGAGGUCCUGGCAGGGCUGAGGGUGUGACUCAGGACACCAGCCCCAAGUACCUUCAGACCCACAGGCCCUCUCAGGUCCUGGGUGGGAGUUGACAGCCCUGUCCCCACCACACUCUGGGCAUUAUGUAACCUUGAGAGGGCCAUAGGUCAAGGUUGGACUGGCCAGUCUGGGUCGCCUAGGCCUGCCCUCCGAGGUGUGGUCCUCUGCCUCAUUCCCACCAUCCCGGCUCCUUGGCCGAGCUGCCUACCAGCACCAUUGGGGCAGCUGCCCAUUCAGACUGAAUUUCAGAUCAAGGACAAGCUUCCUUGAGGGACGAGUGUGCCCCAUGGACUGUCUGGUGUGGUGAAUUGUGUGUGUCAGUGCUAUACGGAGGGCAGUCUCCAGUGUGGAGGGAGGUUCCAAAGAGGCAAACAGGACAACCCAAAGUCCCCUUGGCCUUUGGACACCCCCAAAGCCAUCAGGGCUGUCUGUGCCCCAGCCCAGGUGAGCAGUCUCCAUGUGGGCUGCCGUCAGCCCAGCCCUUCUCCUGGGGGUCUGCCUUGGUCCUGCCCAGGAUGGCAGUGUGUGCUGAGGGUGCCCCAGCCAAGCGGACAGCACUGUGUCUGGCAGAUCUUGCAGUGCCGGGAUCACAGGGCCCCUUGGAGGGGCAUGGCUCAGAAAAGCCCUGUCAAGGGAAGACCUUGAGAUGGCACUGUUCCACCCUUACCCAGGAGACACUCGGGGAUUAGAAAUUCAAUAAAGAAAAUCUGCAAACCAGC